UUCUCCACCUUUUGGAUAAAAUCCCAACUCAUUCCGGUCAAGCUAAGAAUUCAAGGCGUUGCACCAACACACUGUUUUGACGUCACAGUACUUUCUCAUCCCGAUAAGGAUGUUUAAUCACGUGGUCUACAUCUUAGUUCGAUCUUCGCUAUAAAUUCAAGCACCCUCGAGCCGUAGUAUGCAACUCAGAAAUUAAGCAACACAAUGGAAAGGCUUUGUGUAUGGUUGGUGCUCUCUCUCUGCCUGUUCGCUGCUGCCACCACUGCCCAACAGUGUGGGAGGCAAGCCGGCGGCAAAACAUGUUCCAACAACCUUUGCUGUAGCCAGUAUGGUUACUGUGGCACUACUGAUGACUAUUGCUCCCCUUCUAAAGGCUGUCAGAGCAAUUGUCAAUCAAGCAGCAGCGGUGGGGAGAGCGCCUCGAAUGUGAGAGCAACGUACCAUUUCUACAACCCAGAGCAGAAUGGUUGGAACUUGAAUGCUGUAAGUGCAUAUUGCUCGACAUGGGAUGCCAACAAGCCGUUGGCAUGGCGCAGCAAAUAUGGUUGGACGGCCUUUUGUGGACCGGUCGGGCCUCGUGGGCAAGCAGCUUGUGGCAAGUGCCUAAGGGUCACAAACAGCGGAACAGGAGCUCAGGCAACAGUGAGAAUUGUGGAUCAAUGCAGCAAUGGAGGUCUGGAUUUGGAUCAUGCAGGAGUGUUUCAAAAACUAGACACUGAUGGAAACGGAUAUGCCCGGGGCCACCUUAUCGUGAGCUACCAGUUUGUGAACUGCGGUGAUUAAAGCAGUUCUAUUUUACAUUCCCACGAUUGUAAAAACAUAGUCAGAUUACUAGUUCUGACAAUAAAUAAAUGAAGUUCGAAUUCAAUAACUA